UGCGGCCCCUACUGGAUGAAGGAGGACUGGACUUUUUUGUCCUCGGACGUCUUUGCUGGGCUGAAGAUUGAGCCCCAGGCUCUGGUGAAGAAGCUGGAUUUGGACUCGCGAAGCGUGGUCUCAGCCCAGACAGGUGGAGAAGAGAAGCCGCGUCUGUCCAAGAGAGAGAGACUGAAGCUGCGGAAAGACAGGUGGCUGCAGAAAAUAGAAGGUGUGAAGCUGGCGAGACGGAAGCAAAAAGCCGAGGCAAAGCGGAAAGCGACCCCCGUGGUGGGAGACAUGCAGCCAUUGCUGGAAGCCCUGCCCGAGCUCUCCGAACUGAGCACGCCCAGCCAGGCCCGCAAGCACCCCAAGACCCACGGGAGAGUGAAGGCAGAACCCACGGACUUCAACCAAAUGAAGCCAGCCCAGAAGCGCAAGCUGCUCCAGGAGGAAGUGGCCAGGUUUCACCAGGUCAUUGCAAACCCCCUGUACAAAGCCAAUCCCUUGGCAGCCAUCAGCGAGCACCUCUGCAAGCGACUGAAAGAGGAGCAGGGAGACGCGCUCUGACGCGCGGCGGAGCCUGCGCGAGCACCAUGCAGAGUCCAGCUGCUCACCGGCACGGACCCCUGCCGCCGCGCGCCUUGGAAACUGUCCAGCAGGUCAGGGAAUCCCGUGGCCAUGCCCUGCGUGGUGCUCUUGGCAGCAGCCCACAGGAAGCCGCGUGUGCUGCGGGCGUCCUUGUGCCAUGUUGCACGCCGCGAUAUCUGGACCGCUCCUCCUCUGUGUGCAGAGGUACCUCUCUCUUGGAUGUUGGGCCCGCUCUCCGGUGCUGUACCUGCCUUCUGGUGCUUCCCAUUGUGAAAGACUCGGUGAUUGUCCGGACAGGUGCAGGGGGAGGUACUAGGACUACAGCAGGCAGACCCCUCCUGUAGAGAUCGGUAUAAGGGUCGGUGCUGCUGUUUAGAGACAUGGAAAUAAACCCUCUUUGCCACUG